AUGUUGGUUGAUCCGCGUGAUGUGGAGCAAGAGCUGUACAAGAUUGAAUAUAUCGAGGGUACAAAUGAAGCAGUCCUGUACAAGCCCGCUUUUCCUGCUCCAAUCCGCAAGGACGCUACUGAAUAUGAUCCUCGUCAACCAAACGAUCAAGUGAAGACAGGCCACAAGGUUGCUCGGAGCUCGUACGAGCGAUUGGCCCCUGAAGAGCGCUAUCGCAAGGUUAUUCUACGCUGGGACGAUGAUGUCAAGCUAACAGAAUCCCCUUCGGCGUGA